CAGCACUUCCCGGCCUGUCCCUCAGUCACUACUGCCGGGGAGAGCGGAGGAUGAGGCUCCGGCUGUGGCUGCUCGUGCUGGGCCUGAGCGCGGGACGUCCGGGCGGGAGCCUGAGGAGGAGGACGGCAGAUGAGGGUAGUCCUGCGUCCCUGCAGACCCCGCACUGGGAGGUGGUUCCGGAGCUGAGCUGUGACGGGCGCCCGCUGACCCCGGAUGAUGUCCUUCAGACUCUUCCUGACCGCCUGCAGCUGAGCCUGGAGCUGGGCACACGGAGCGUCCACAUGGAUCUGCACCGGAGCCGACAGUUACUGCCGGACUUUCACACUGUCAGCUAUUACCAUCCCGAUGGUCGCCGUGUCACAGAACAGAGGCCUCAUCAGGUGAACUGUUACUACCACGGGACUCUGGUGGGACGCGAUGGCCCCUGGAGCGACCUCAGCCUGUGCUCCGGCCUCAGGGGGACUGUCAUCCUGCCUGCGGAGCAGAGGUUCAGCAUUGAGCCGGCCCCGGGGACCCACAAACACAUAGUGCGCCCCAUCAUCGAGAAAAGGAACAUCACGUGUGAGACGCACAAAGAAGAUACAGCUGUGAACAAGAGACCCGGAAGAGUCCUGCUCAGCUUAUCCGAUGAGAGUGCACGUCCACACCGGGUGGAGAGUGAGAUGAAGUACGUGGAACUGGUAAUGGUGGCCGAUAAUAGUGAGUUCACCAUGCUUCACCAGGAUUUGAGGGGCCUCCAUGUCAGGAUGAUGGAGAUCGCCAACAGGGUGGAUGCUUUUUACCGCACGCUGAAUCUCCGGGUGGUGCUGGUCAUGGUGGAGGUCUGGAGCCAGAAGGACCUGAUCUCAGUCAGUGAAGAUCCCGCAGAAACUCUAAACAGGUUCCUGGCCUGGAGAGAGAAGGAUCUGGUCCGUCGAGUACAUCAUGAUAACGCUCAGCUCCUAACGGGAGUGACAUUUAAAGACUCUUCUGUUGGCAUGGCCACAAUUAACUCUAUGUGCACAGUGGAUCGCUCUGGAGGGGUCACAAGGGAUCACUCUGUGAGCGUUCUAGCUGUGGCAUCCACAAUGGCACAUGAACUGGGGCACAAUCUGGGCUUGAAUCACGAUGUCGGAGACGGGACAUGCGGCCAGCCGAAGAUGGGAAAACAGUGGAUAAUGGCGCAGUCCACAGGGUUUAUGCCGGGCCUGGAGUUCAGUAACUGCAGCAGGAAAGACCUGAUCUCCAGUCUGCGCCAAGGUGGAGGCCUCUGCCUGUAUAACCUGCCCAGCCCGGGCAGCCUGUAUGGGAGGGCCACAUGUGGAAACUUGUUGGUGGAGAAAGGGGAGCAGUGUGACUGCGGCCUGCUGCAGGAGUGCUUGGAUCCUUGCUGUAAUGCCAGCAGCUGCCAGCUGAUGCCCGGGGCUGAGUGCUCCUCAGAUGGGUUGUGUUGUGAGCAGUGUAAGGUAAAGUCCCCCGGGACAUUAUGUCGGCAGCCUUUGGGGGAGUGUGAUCUCCCGGAGUACUGCAAUGGAGUGUCUCCUCAUUGCCCCGCCAAUGUCUACCUGCAGAAUGGGGAGCCCUGUGAAAGCGGGCAUGCACACUGCUACCAAGGAGAAUGCCGGACCCUCCAGAAACAGUGCCACGACAUAUGGGGUCCUGGGUCUUCUCCAGCACCGGAUUCCUGUUUUGCUAAAGUGAACGUGAGAGGAGACAAAUAUGGAAACUGUGGACGAGCGACAAAUGGCUCCUACCUGCCCUGCGCCCCCAGGAAUGUCCUCUGUGGCCGCAUUCAGUGCCUGGGUGGCAGAGAUCGCCCACUGUUGGGCACCAGUGCAGAAGUGAUCUCAGUGAAGAUAUCGGUGAAUGGAACGGAGGUCUCCUGUCGGGGCACAUACUUUAAUCUGGGAGAUGAUGUUUGGGACUCUGUUCUGGUAAAGACGGGGACGGUGUGCAGGCCGGGACAGGUUUGUGUCAAUCGGCAGUGUCGAGAUGCUGCAGAACUGAAGGCCCAGGCAUGCAGAUGUGGGGGCCACGGGGUGUGUAACAGUAAUGGUAACUGUCACUGCGAUCCCGGCUGGGCUCCCCCGCACUGCGACUCGUCUGGCCAUGGUGGAAGCCUGGACAGUGGGCCGAUUUCCCAGGAUUCUGGUGAGGUUUGCCCUUAUUUCUUUAGUGUCCUCUACUAUUGUCAGCACCUGUCUGCUGUCAGUGCACACCUGCUCCGUCCGCUGCUGUCAGCACGCGCCUUGCCCGUCCGCUGCUGUCAGCGCCUGCCUCGUCCUCUGCUGCUGUCAGCGCGCACCUGCCCCGUCUGCUGCUGUCAGCGCGCGCCUGGUCCGUCUGCUGCUGUCAGCACGCGCCUGGUCCGUCUGCUGCUGUCAGCACGCGCCUGGUCCGUCCGCUGCUGUCAGCGGGUGCCUGGUCCGUCCGCUGCUGUCAGCACGCGCCUGGUCCGUCCGCUGCUGUCAGCGCUGCCUG